AUGACCACAGUGGCGUCCGAAUACAGCGCCGAAAGAAGCUCUGUCCCCAUCGAGCACAGAUUCAACCCGUACUCCGACAACGGAGGCACGGUUCUUGGCAUUGCCGGCGAGGACUUUGCCGUUUUGGCCGGCGACACCAGAAUCGUGUCUGGAUACAACAUUGACUCCCGGUACGAGCCCAAGAUCUUCGAUGUGGGCGACAACAUUGUCAUGACGGCCAACGGCUUUGCCGCCGACGGCGCCGCGCUCAUUGACCAGUUCCGCUCGUCGUUCAAGUGGUACAAGUUCGACCACAACAACAAGAAAUUGACCAUCCGCAGUGCCGCCCGCUACAUCCAGCAUUUGCUCUACGGCAAGCGGUUCUUCCCUUACUACGUGAGCACGCUUAUCGCGGGCUUGGACGAGGAAGGCAAGGGUGCCGUGUACUCGUACGACCCAGUUGGAUCUUACGAAAGAGAACAGUGUCGGGCCGGAGGAGCGGCGGCGUCGUUGAUCAUGCCGUUCCUCGACAACCAGGUCAACUUCAAGAACCAGUACGAGCCGGGCAGCGACGGCACGAAAAAGAAGGAGUUGCGCUACUUGAAGUUGGACGAGGUGUUGCAGUUGGUGAAGGAUGCGUUUUCGUCGGCGACAGAACGCCACAUUUACGUGGGUGACGGCUUGGAGAUUUUCAUUGUCACCAAGGACGGCGUUCGCAAGGAGUACUACCCGUUGAAACGGGACUAG